ACCAGCCAGCAGGCCAAACCGAAGCAGCACCAGCUAAACAAAUUGCCAAGUACCGACCGUCCAACCAGUCAGCAGCCAUGAAACGGACCUACUUGUUGCUCUGCCUGAGCCUGCUGACCUGCAAUGUGGCCCAUUCUUCGUACCUGCGACCCCUGGAAUCGGCCCUGAGCCAGCUGAGCAAAUCCUCCUCAAGCCUGCAUCAGCAGCUCCGCGGGGAUCUCAAUGGCAACGAUGGGAACAGCGAGGACGACGACGAUGCCACCACAAUCACGCCCAACUCCAGCGAGGACUACGACAGUCGUCCGCAGUACAGCUUUGCCUACGAUGUGCGCGACACCUUGACCGGCGACGAUAAGCGGCAGGAGGAGAAGCGGGAUGGGGAUCUGGUCAAGGGGCAGUACUCCCUGAUCGAGCCCGACGGCACGCGACGCAUUGUGGAGUACACGGCCGAUGAUGCCAGCGGCUUCAAUGCCAUCGUUUCGAAUCAGCGUGUGGAUGAGCACCAGCAGCAGAGGAUCAGCAGCGCCUCCUCGUCCUCCUCUCGGUACAGCAGCAUCGAGGAGCUGCAGUCGCGGCUGACCGCCCAAGCGAUUGCCGAGGCCCAGAGCCUGGCCGAGGCCCAGCAGGCCAGCCAACUGCAGCUGGAGGCCCAGAGCCGUCGCGAGUCCGAGAACCAGGCCCGAGUCCAGGCCCAGCAGCUGAUGGAGCAGUUCCAGCAGCAGGUCCAACAGACGGCACAGCUCCGCCAGCAGCAGGAACAGCAGCGCCAGCAGCAGGAGCAACAGCUCCGCGAUAUCCAGCGCCUCCAGGAGCAGCGCGAACGCGAGCAGCGGGAGCAGGAGCAGCGCGAAAGAGAGCAGCGGGAUCGGGAACUGAGAGAGCGUGAGCUUAGGGAUCGGGACUUGAGGGAACGCGAGCUAAGGGAGCGGGAGCAGCGCGAGCGGGAUCAGGAGCGUCGUCAGCAGCAGGAGCGUCGUCAGAGCCAGCGACUCCUCGAGCGUCUCAGCGGAGACCAGCAGACCUUGCUCCUCUCCCAGAGCCUGCCCAGCGCCAGCCAACUGCUCGGCCAGAGCGUCCAGGCCACCGUCGUAUCGCAUCCACCCACACUGCUCUCCCGCCUGCCAUCCUCAUCCUCUUCUUCGUCCCGCACCACUCUGCUGACCCGUGAUCGCGAUCUGGACGCCUGGCGGCAGUUGCCCAGCGCUCGCCUCACCAUUGAACGCACCUCGCAGCCGCAGCUGCUCCUCGCCCAGCCCGCCAGUGCCUCUGUCCAGGCUCAGUUGAUCAGUGGAUCGCCCCUGCUGCUGGACUCGAAUCUGAAUGGAUUGAUAACCACGCGCCUCAACGGGAACGGGGGUCGUGCUGGGGCUGCUUUGAGCUGGUCCAAUGGUCGCCGUCUCCUGAACAACGAUCUCUGGCAGCUGGAGAGACUGGAUGACCGCGAGGACAGGGACAGUCGUCGGGAGGAGAAUCGUCGCGAAGAGAACCGCCGAGAGGAGAACCGCCGAGAGGAGAACCGUCGAGAGGAGAACCGUCGAGAGGAGACUGGUCGGGAGGAUCUGCUGCUACAUCGCGAUAGCGAGGAACUGCGCUCUGGCAGCGCCGAACGCCUCAGCAAGAGCAACAGCCGGCACAAUGCCUGGUAGAACCUGGUGGGGACACCAACCCACAAAAACAACAACCACACUUCAACUGAACUCAAAAUGCAGCCAACGGGCCACGACCAACGACCUCAACGAUCUUCAAACUUGGACAAUGAUUAUGUUUAGUAUUUAAGCCUUACCACUGCCUUAGCUCUAGGUCGACUCUUGUGUUAUAUUAGCCUUACUUUUUUUGGGGAUUUCGGUGACGCUUUGAGUACUCUGCUCGUUUGCCCCUCUCUCUGCCCCUCGUACUCUUCCGCUUUCUAUCGUCUCCCUGCUAAAGCAUACAGCAAAACUAUGCCAAGAACUUAACCCAGUCAAGCGCCAACGCUUCUUCCUGUCUAACUUUAGCACUAAGCUUAAUUGUUUUUGUGUUACUUUUUAGUUAGUCAAACUGCAUUAAUGUAAAAAAGCAAAACAAAAAAAAUACAUCAGAAUAAACAAGGAUGCUGUGCUUCAGAAA